AUGACUAUCGCAACCAGACCAUCGGUUCUGAUCAUAGGCUGCGGACCAGCCGGCCUCGGUGCGAUUGAACAGUUCAAGCGCAAAGAUUUCGAUGUUGUAGCGUACGAGGCGAGGGACCGCGUUGGGGGUCUGUGGAAUUUCGAUGCGAUACCUCCGCCAUGUCAUAUAACCUUCGCUGCGGAUGGCCAUGCCAUCGCACUGACGGACCUGGAACGAUCCGGUAGGCCAGCACCGGCUCCAACGCCAAUGUAUGCGGGUGUCACAGCGAAUACGCCUAGAGACAUCAUGCCUUACAGAUCGCACCCCUACCCGAAAGGCACAGCAGAGUAUCCAAAUUACGAAGUGAUCUAUCAAUAUCAACAACGGCACGCUGCGCGUUACGAGGAUUACAUUCGACUGAACAGAGUCGUUACUCGAGUGCGACAUGCGCCCAAGGGCAGUAGUCAUAACAAACGAUGGUCGGUGGAAUGGACGCCAUCUGUAACGAGCAACUCGCCGGACGUGGGAACCAAGUUUGAGGAAGGAUUUGAUCAUAUCGUGGUCGCGAAUGGGACGGAUUCAAGGCCGUUUAUUCCGUAUACGGAUGGCUUGUGGGAUUGGAAGGGUGAGAUUGUGCAUUCUAGGUGGUAUAGAAAGGCCAAAGCAUUUGCGGGAAAGACCGUCAUGGUAGUUGGCUCUGGCCCUUCUAGCGCCGAUAUCGUGCGUGAACUCGGUAUGCUUUGUGUUGAGCUAUCAUCUCUCGCGCCCACCAAGGUGUACCGCUCUUUUAAAAGCAAGCUUCGAUACGAUAUCGAACAGGAAAAGGGGUGGCCUAAUCACAUCACGAACGUUGCACGAGUACGAUCUAUCGAACCACCUUCUUCUCAUUCGAUUACUGGGCGAAUUGUCACUCAAGCAGACGAAAUUCUGGAUGAUGUGGAUGUGAUUAUAUUCGCUACUGGCUAUGUAGCUCGCUUCGAAUUCUGCCGCGAGUCAGAUGCGCCGUUCAAUAAAGCUCCCUUGGUACACCAUCCGGAUACACCCCCAGGAUCUCGCCGCCCACCCAAGAACUCAGUCGAUCAGGCCGACCUCGAAGGGGGACACCGCGUGCACAACCUCGACGCAUAUCAACUUUUCUAUCUCCCAGACCCAACUCUUGCAUUUCUCGUCCUUCAUGCAGAAGCCAUUCCCUGGCCAUUCUCUGAAAUGCAAGCACGAGUUGUAGCGGCACAUUGGAGUGGUACACCGCUCAUACUAACGCCGCAUCCUCAAGAAGACGAUGACUCGCAUGAUGUGUUGGUAUUGGGGCAUCCGGGAGAGUUCACAUAUGCCGAGCACCUUCUCAAAUUAAUUGGUGAAGGAGGACCGGAAGAAAUCGACGAUCAGGGCAGAUGGGGCGCUUGGCCAGCUUGGAAAAAGAAGAUUCGUGAACUCAUUGAUUAG